GGGCUUUCCACGAGGCUCACCUGAGCACAAGCAGUUUUGCAGGCAUGAGAAAUCACAGUGAGAGCAACGCUUUUUCACCAUAUGUUAAUGUGAAGAGUGAACAGUAAAUGGUUAAUCUUACUGCGAUCUGGUUCUUAUUAACUGUGGUUUAUCCGGACGUUAAAUUCGGCGUUUCGUUACACCCGAAGGAGAACGUGACAGUGAAAAAGCGGCAUUAUCAGGUGUUUCAAGUGCUGCAAUGUCAGCUCAAUCCAGCAUCAAGUCGACGCCGCCCAGCGACAAGGGCAGUAAACCGACAUCAAGUAAGCCCACCCAGGCGUUAUCAGGUGUUCCAAGUGCUGCAGUGUCAGCUCGAUCCGGGAUCAAGUCGAUGGCGCCCAGCGACAAGGGCAGUAGAACGACAUCAAGUAAGUCCACACAGGCAAGAGCCAAGGCAGAAGCCGCCAAGGUGCGACUGCAUUACGCCAAACAAGAGGCAGUUUUGAAAAUGAAACUGGCCACCAAAGAAGCCGAAAGGGCCGCCAGACAAAGAGAAGAGGCUGCCAGAGAAAAAGAAAAGGCUGCCAGAGAAGCCGAAAUCCAGAAAGAAAGGGCCGCCAGAGAAGCCGAAAUCCAGAAAGAAAGGGCCGCCAGAGAAGCCGAAAUCCAGAAAGAAAGGGCCGCCAGAGAAGCCGAAAUCCAGAAAGAAAGGGCCGCCAGAGAAGCCGAAAUCCAGAAGGAAAAGGCCGCCAGACAAAGGAAAGCGGCCGCCCGAGAAGCCGAAAUCCAGUUGGAAAUGGCAAAAAUAUCGACAGAGUUGCAAGUGCUGCAGCUAGAAAGAGAAGAAGCUGCUGCCAUGGCGGAAGCAAAGUACAUAGAAGAAGCUGAAGGGUCGCGUGAUCUGACCGCAGCAAGAUCUACUUUAGAAAGGACCAGACUGGAACGCACAAGCGACUAUGUACAAUCUCAAAUAGACAGGCAGGCUCGUCUCCCCUCUCCAUACGUAUUCGAUAACUUCCCCAGCUACGAGGAACCUCAGAGAGUCACGAUUGCAUCACAUCCAUACGAGGAAGGAAAUUUACCCUCACGGCUCCGUGAUGAAGUCAAGAAUGAAAGAACCGACAACGCUCCUUCACCCCCACAACAGGACGGCGGGGAGGGAGAGGUUCACUCCAGGACAACAAUUGUCAGCUCGAACUGUACAGAAGUUUGCGGUCAAACUCAGUCAAGCCGUUCUUGUUCCGAGAUCUGCCUCACUAAGGUGUACCCUAAAGGAGCCAAAGACAAGGCCAUCAAAGCCUAUGUGAUUCUGGACGAUCAGAGCAAUCGUUCACUAGUCAGUCCAGAGUUCUUUAAAUUGUUCAACGUUGAGAGUGAGCGGUUCCCAUACUACCUCAAAACUUGCUCAGGCAACAUGGAAACCCAAGGAAGGAAGGCAGAAGGCAUCCAGAUCGAGUCCCUGGAUGGUAAAGUCGUCAUCUGUCUCCCUCCGCUCUUAGAGUGCAAUGAAAUCAUGAAUAACCGCGCUGGGAUCCCGACACCAAGUGCGGUGCUACACCAGCCGCAUCUCCACCACAUCGCCAAACACAUCCCAGAACUGGAUCCGAAAGCAGAAAUACUCCUGCUAUUAGAAAGAGAUGUUAUCCAGGUACACAAGGUUAGGCAGCAGAUCAAUGGACCACUCAACGCCCCCUUCGCGCAACGUCUGGAUCUGGGCUGGGUGGUGAUAGGAGAGGUGUGUCUCGGUGACGUACACAAACCGAUGGUUAACACACUCAAGACCAAUGUGCUAGAGAGUGGCCGCCAUUCAAUCUUUCAACCCUGCCCGAGUGUCCCGUGCAUCAAAGAAGCACAACAAGGCGUUAACAAGCGCGAGGCAAGCGACGAGUCGCUGGGCCAGUCAGUCUUCGCUCUGACGAAGUAUGACAACAAACUUGCACAAUCAGCUCAAGAUACCAUUUCUUUAAAAACCAAAGACACCAAGGUCUUCAGAGAUGAAGCAAAUAAUGGGGUUGCCCCAUUGCCAAUCAGAGAACCACGCCAGCGCUCACCAGAUAACAAAGAGCAGGCAGUCAAACGGUUCACGUCCUUACGGAAAACCCGGAAAAGGGAACCUGAGAUACAGCAACGCACCCGAUUGGCCCACGAGGUACUGUGCACCCUAAUGGCAGAGGUCACAGCCAUUAUAAACGCACAAUCAUUCCUACCUGUGUCUUCUGACCCAGAAAACCCCUUUAUACUUUCGCCAUCAACGCUCCUUACGCAGAAGGCAGGAGCACCUCCUCCACCAGGAGACUUCUCAGACAAGGAUUUGUACACAAAGCAAUGGAGACAAGUCCAGGCUCUGGCAAAUCAGUUCUGGCCUCGCUGGAGACAAAAAUAUCUACCUUUGUUGCAACAGAGACAAAAGUGGACAGAACCCCACAGGAAUCUGGCCAACGGCCAGAAUCACUGUUACAUUCCCUAGCGGGGAUGGACAUGUCAGGAAGAUCGAAUUGAAGACUACCGACCAAGGCGAUGUGAAACUUUACCAAAGGCCAGUUACAGAAGUUAUUCUACUUCUACCCAAUGACUGAUUAAGAGACUAAGUUUUGUACUCUGCUCAUUGUGACCUUACGAAGGUCAAGCGGGGAGUGUGCUGUCUUUACGACAGUUAUUUAGUUUAUAAUAUUUUCGCUUAGUAAUUCAUUCAAUAGUAUUUUCUAGUUAGAAUUAGAAGUGUUUAAAGUGUAUUCAUUGCAUGUAAAAUAUAUCGGCAUGCGAUGACGUCACAUCCGGUUUCGCCGCGUCUUGUGGGAAAACACCGGUUUGAAAUUAGCGCGAGGGUGGGGGCUUUCCACGAGGCUCACCUGAGCACAAGCAGUUUUGCAGGCAUGAGAAAUCACAGUGAGAGCAACGCUGUAAGUUAAUAGAUAAUCGAUAUAUUGAACUAAGAUAUUAAUGCUGAUCCUGUUAGAGGUAACGACGGUAGAUAAUGUUUAUGCUUUCGUUAGUUAAAGAGUCGCGGAUAGUUUGCAUGGAAGUGUAUUUAAAGUAGUCAAUGGAGCAGGUAAACUCUCCCUGUAUACUGCACCUUAGUGUAAUGUAGUUAUAGUCACCUUUGCAAGUAUUUACACUUGAAAUGUGAUAUUAAGUAAGGAACAAAUACUGUAUCAAUCUUGUAUUGUUUUAUCAACAGUUUUCACCAUAUGUUAAUGUGAAGAGUGAACAGUAAAUGGUUAAUCUUACUGCGAUCUGGUUCUUAUUAACUGUGGUUUAUCCGGACGUUAAAUUCGGCGUUUCGUUACACCCGAAGGAGAACGU